AUUGGUGUGCCCACCUCUACGAGAUGGAGCGUGCAACAACCACCAACAAUACGAGCACUUACAGCCUGGCGGGUGAUUCAUCGUUGUCGUCGUUGCAGCCAUAAUGGACAUCUUGGACGUCGAGCUCAAGCCCGUCGCCGACUGGGUGAACGACUCCAAGCGCCGGGCGUGCGUGCUCUGCGAUCGCAAAUUCAGCACGUUUGUGCGAAAGCACCACUGCCGUGCCUGUGGCGAAGUCAUCUGUAAAAACUGCUCUAGUCAUCGGCGCGUGCGGGUAUCGUCGGCUCCCUCGACCAACACGACAAAAAACCCUCCUGGCUCUGCUGCUUCUGCGACCAACUCGGGCGUCAUUCCCGGUCCACCCCUGUCGUUCAAAGUCAGUCGCGCCAUGCGUUUCUGCAACGACUGCAUCUCUCCCGUCCUCGUCGACGCGGCAUCCGCCAUGAUGCGUCAGUCCAUGCUUUCCAUGCCGCCGCCGCUCUCGCACAGCGCAAGCUUAGCGCCGUCGUCCCAAUCGACAGACGCCGACUACAACGACGAGCUCACACGCGUUGACGUGCUAAAGUCGUACAUGAUACUGGACACCUUCCCCAGCCCCGAUUUCGAGGCUAUUUGCCACACCGCCGCCGCAACAUUUGAAUGCGCCGUUGCCGCCAUCAGCUUCCUCGACGCCUCCCGGCAAUGGUACAAGGCGCGCCUGGGCAUCCAACCACCACACGUGCCUCUUGACGUGGCACUCUGCUCGCACCUGCUCGAGCGGUCGGUCCUGACGCCGCUAGUGGUGCUCGACACGCGCAGCGACCCCCACUUUCGCCACAACCCGUUGGUCACGGGCUCUGCGAACGUACGAUUCUACGCCGCUGCACCGAUCGUCAAUUCGGACGGAUACAUCCUCGGCUCGAUCUUCGUAAUGGACUGCCAACCCCGCACGACGCCCGUUGAGCCACCGCUCACAGACAUGUUGGUCUAUCUGGCCCAGAAUGUCAUGGACAUGCUGGAAGAGUUCCGCGCGCGAGCGGUGUCGCGGCUCACUGUGAUUCAAGAAGCUUCCAAUGAGCCAGGAUCCACAAGUACUACUAGUAGUAGUACUACACAUCGCCAACUUGACAGUCGGAAGGUUCCAUGGCCUCACAGCGGGUCCUCGACCCGGAAAAGCACAGACCAAGAGCUAUUGAUGCAGCAGCGUCCAAGCGGCGGGUUGGCAACCCCGCCUGAUUCGGCGUCGGCCACGGAGGUGCCGUGGAGUGCGACGAGCAGCGGCAAACACGCGGCCGCCACAGCCAAAGCCAUACAAGCGGACACGGCCAAGUGUAGGGACAAGCUCUUGCGCCGCAACAACAGCGCCACGGAUAGUGGGGGGUCCGAGUCGGGGUGUUUGGGUCUCCUCUGCCGAGUCACAGACACCCAGCAGAUGCUAGCCCACCAGCAAACGUUCAUUUUCGAGCGCCUCAGCCUGCAUUCAGCACGCAUGGACCGCCUUGAAGCGUCGAUGCGGAGCUUGGAAGCCGCUUUCUCUCAACUGGCAAGGCGACUGCCUCCACCGCCAGGUUACGCUACCAGUCCAGCCUCCCCCAACUCGGAGUUUAUCACCAUUUAAUCCGGC